GAUGAACCCACCUCGGUCACUCACACAAGGGAAAAGCUGUAACCUCAUCACUGCGUUCACGUAUUCUCACACGCAGUCCCUCCUUCUCAUUUGCCCCUGAGCAAUGGAAGCUUCACAGCAGCCAGGAUGAAGACAAUCGCAACCGCGUCAAUCCUGCGGCCGGCCACCAUCGCCAGCAGCUGUCACCCGGUGCUGCUGCCCCUCGCCGCGCGGAGGAGUUAUGCGGCGCAGGGGGGCUCCUCGACCACCUCGAAACGCCGCUCCGUGACCCCCUUCAACGACAAUGGCCACGUGCCGUGGACCCAGCUGUCAGCAGCGGAAAAGGCAGGGAGGGCGGCGCAGCAGUCCUUCAACUUUGGUUUCAUCUUGGUCGGCGUCGGCCUGACCGGCGUCGUCGGCUACUUCCUCUUCACCGACGUCUUCUCCCCCGAGAGCAAGACCACCUAUUUCAACCGUGCCGUCGACCGCAUCAGGAAGGACCACCGGUGCCUCGAGCUGCUCGGGGACGGCAAGAAGAUCAGGGCGCACGGCGAGGAGACCAACAACAGAUGGGCUAGGUCGCGGCCCAUCGCCUCCACGGAGAGGACGGACUCCAUGGGGGCCCACCACCUUCUGAUGCACUUUUAUCUGGAGGGCCCGCUCAACAAGGGCUCGGCGCAUAUACAUCUCAUCAGAUAUGCCGGGCAGAGUGAGCACCAGUACAAGUAUUUUUACGUGGACGUCAAGGGGCACCAGAGGAUAUACCUCGAGAACGCCGAUACCAAACCGCGCGAGGAAGGCGGCAGAGGGACCAAGUUGUUUGGUAUCAAAUGGAGUUGAUGCGCAAUUUGUGACGCUAAAGGUGCUCCUAUACCAUGGCCGGUCGAUCAGCAAGCAAGAUCGCUAAUUAGCCAGCUGACAGCUGUGCUCCUAUGAAUACUGUACAAUAUGGACAAGUCUACAAGCGUUCCCAAUUCUCUUCACAGUGAAUGUAUAUGUUGUAAACGAGACUACUGCACAACCCUUCAAAAAACACGUUACAAAUGUCGCAUCGACGGGAGUUGUCA